AUGGUUUUCACCGAUGGGACCGUCUACAGGGGCAAGUUCCUGAACAACCGCCGCCAUGGACACGGACAUUACAGGACGGAAAACGGCACUCCCAUCUACACGGGCCCGUGGAAGAAUGACGAGCCGGGGACUGGCUAUGCGGACAUCCUCUACCCUUCAGGUCACCGCUACAAAGGCAACGUGUGCGAUGGCUGCCGAGAUGGCCGGGGCUCUUUGUGGCAUCAGGACCCGGAUGGUGAUUCGACGUUUCUGUACCGGGGCCAGUGGGAGGCUGACGAGAUGCACGGCGAGGGAGAGCUGCAUUGCAGCGACGGCGUCUACCGCGGCCAGUUUGUGCACGGCCUUCGGGAGGGCAAGGGCAGGUUCGAGUACGCGAAGAGCACCGAGACGCUUAGCUACUAUGAAGGAGAGUGGGAAGAGGAUCAGCCGCACGGUGCUGGCACCUUCGUAGAUGAGCAUGGCCAGGAGUAUGCUGUUCGUUUCUCAGCCUACUGGGCACCGCAGAGUUCGACUACAGUGAUUACAGCCUGUGUACAUGGUCGGUGUCGCUGGCUCAGGACCGAGAGUUCGAGCACGGAGACUUGA